AAGAAUGGGCGUUUUAGUCUGAACUCGCACAUCUCCUGUUUCAGUCUGAACUCGCACUUCACUGAGACUUCACUACUACCGAUAUGUACCGCGGCGUUAAUGCAAAGAUCGCAGUUGAAAUGUCCAGAGCCAUCAAGCGUAUUUUCAUAUGUUUAGAGUAAGCGGUAAUUGUUUAGAGGAUUAUUUAGGGUAAAUAUGAGAGCCCAUUAUAGGUGUGUAGCCGUUUUAUUCAUUUCUGCGACGCUGUGUCUGGAUUUUGAGGACGGAGCGAGUCCCGCUAUGAUUAAACACACGGCGUUUGAGAAGCCUCGCACGUCGAGAAGUCUCCGCUUUAAAGAUGUACCUCUGUCCGGCCACGGGACAGUGAAAAGGAGUGAGAAGUCGGUUAGAGACUCGUGUAAGGCACUGCAGGACUACGAAUCCAAGCUAAAGGAGAACACGCACACUUAUGCCUUUAAUGACCUGAGUGGCUCUGUGUCCCUUGCCUGGAUUGGAGAUGGAACAGGGGUGUUGCUGGUGCUCACCACGUUCCAGGUGCCUUUCUUCAUGAUCCGCUUUGGCCACUCCAGACUCUACAGGAGUGAAGACUAUGGGAAGACCUUCCAGGAUGUCACAGACCUUAUCAACAACACCUUCAUCCAGACGGAGUUCGGCAUGGCCAUUGACCCAGGGAACACUGGAAAGGUUAUCCUCACUGGUGAUGUGUCUGAAGGCAAGGGCUCCCGGAUCUUCCGCUCGCAGGAUUUUGGGAGGAGUUUCACCCCCUCUGACCUGCCCUUCCAACCCCUGAUGCAGAUCUCCUACAGCCCGGAGAACAGCGACAUCCUCUCUGCCGUCAGCGUUGCGUCUGAGCUGUGGCUCUCCAAAGACUUUGGAAUCAGCUGGAAGAAGGUCCAUGAUUCAGUGUGUCUAGUGAAAUGGGGGAUUGUAGAUACUCUGUUCUUUACCACAAACCCCAAUGGAUCCUGCAGUGAUAAGGGCACACUGGAAUUGAAGAAGACGUCGGACUAUGGACGCAGCUUCAAGACCAUAGGGAGCAGGAUAUACUCCUUCGGCCUGGGAGGAAGAUUUGUCUUUGCUUCGGUCAUGUCUGCCACAGGUUCCACACGUAUGAUCCAUGUAUCGAUGGACCAGGGGGAGGUAUGGAACAUGGCCCAGCUGCCCAUGGUGGGGCACGAACAGUUUUACUCCAUACUGGCUGCCAACGACGACAUGGUGUUCAUGCAUGUGGACGAAGCUGGCGACUCAGGAAUGGGCACCAUCUAUGUGUCAGAUGACCGCGGCACUGUGUUCUCCAAGUCCCUGGAGCGCCACCUCUACACGUCCACAGGGGGCGAUACUGACUUCACAAACGUCACUUCCCUGAGGGGGGUCUAUUUGACCAGUGUGUUGGCUCAUGACGGGUCCAUGCGGACGGUGGUGACUUUUGACCAGGGUGGGAAAUGGAGACCACUAAAGAAACCCUGGAAUGGCGAGUGUGACUCCACUGCAGGGGAUCCUAACCUAUGCAGGCUGCAUAUUCAUGCCUCCUACAGCACCUCGAUGAAACUGAACGUGCCCAUGCUGCCACUGAGUGAACCCAAUGCUGUCGGCCUCGUCCUCGCCCAUGGGAGCGUGGGCGAGGCCGUCUCUGUGCUGUCUCCCGAUGUCUUCGUGUCCAACGACGGGGGCUACACGUGGUUUCGGGUGCUAAGGGGACCCCACCACUACGCCAUCCUGGACUCGGGAGGCCUGCUUGCGGCUGUGGAGCACAACCCCAACCAUCCCGUCUCCCAGAUCAAAUUCUCCACAGACGAAGGCCAGUGCUGGAAUGUGUAUAAUUUCACAGAAGAGCCGCUGUACUUUACAGGCUUAGCAUCUGAGCCCGGUGCUCGAUCCAUGAACCUCAGCCUGUGGGGUUACAGGGAGUCCACGAUCAGCCAGUACUGGGUCUCUGUCACCAUAGACUUCAGCCGACUUGUCUCAAGAGACUGUGGUGAGGAAGACUAUGUGCAGUGGCUGGCGCACUCCGACAAUACCAGCAACCCAACUGAUGGCUGUUUGCUCGGAUACAAGGAAAGGUUCCUACGGCUCCGCAAAGACUCUGUGUGCUGGAAGGGGCGGGAUUACAUCAUCAACAAUCAGCCCACACCAUGUGUGUGCACAAUAGAUGACUUCCUUUGUGACUUUGGAUACUACCGUCCUGAGAACAGCUCCGAGUGUGUGGAGCAGCCAGACCUGAAGGAUCACAUGCUCGAGUUCUGCCUGCACAGUCACACGGAGCGGCUUCAGACCAGCGGGUACAGGAAGAUCCCCGGAGACCAGUGUGAGGGAGGAUUGCAGCCGGAAAGGCAGCUGAUGGACCUAAGCAAGACGUGCGUCAGUAACCUUCUAAGGCCGGAGCUCCUGUCCGAGGCUCACUCAGGGAGCACGGGUCCAGUAAUAGCUGUGGUCAUCACCAUUUUGCUGAUCAGUGCUGUUGCUGGGGUUUUGCUUGUCAAGAAGUAUGUAUGUGGAGGAAGAUUCCUGGUGCACCGUUACUCAGAGAUGCAAAGGCACGUGGAGGCCAAUGGCAUUGAAGGAGUGGACGAUGUGGACAUUGUUGAGGCAGGGAAGAUGCAUUACAAUGACGACUCAGAUGAGGACCUCCUGGACUGAGAUCCUACAGAUGACUGCCAUCAGAAUAUAGAAGCCAAGAGAGAAUAACCAGGAUGUCAUUACUUGUCUAGUGGCCUCUUCCAUCUCUGUCAUUGUCUAUCUGUCUCCUUCUCUCUGCUGAAGACUGACUGGGCCAUGUUUCCAGAAACUCGGGGUGUGAAAGGACAGGCUUUUGACAGUGAAUCAGACCCAGCCUCUGGACAGGAGAGUAACUUGCCAGUCUUUUGUUUUGACAGUUUUAGUUUGUAUUUUUUGCCACGCCCCCCCACCCUCCAUGUUUAAUCGAUCGCACAAUUGAAGACUUAACUGGGUGUUGCGGCUCAUGUACGUUAGCAGUCACAAGUGAUCAUCUAACACGUUUUGGUUCUGUAAAAGGUACCAGCUUUUCAGACAGAUUAAUCGUUGUUUACUGCAAAUUACUUCAUCAUAAGGCUUUCUCUAGUAACCAUGUCUGAAAUUGAACUUAAUCUGUAUCCAGGUAACUGGCCAUAAUGGAUUCAAAAAGCUUGUGACUAAAGGUUGAGCAUUGGUACAAAUAUCAGAUGGUGGUACUUGAGAUAAAAAUAUAUAUAUUUAGAUGCACUAAUGAUUGAGACCAAAUAAUAGCCUUGCUUUUAGCACCACGGCAACUGAUGGAAGUGGUUUUACACUUGGAAUUACACUUGAUUGGAGUUUCACCAAUCACGUCUUUUAUUUUUCUUUGUAACAGUUUGUAAAUGGAAAAAUGAGCUUUAUUAAUUGCCCAGUCAUUUUCCCUCCUCAGCUAUCAAUUAUCUAGAACUAAGAGGGGUUAGCAAAAACAAAACAUUUGAACUUUGCCUGUCAGAGAUGCAGUAUUAACAAGUUUAAUGAAGAUAACUGAUCUGCUGUUGUAAAACUGCCCAUUUUCUGAAUUAUUGCUUUACUUAGUUUAUUAGGAAUACUUAAUAAACUAGGGUCCCAUGUAACACGUUUCUGAUCAAGAAACAUGAUUCCAGUCUAUGUAACAACUAAACAGGGCCUAGAUUACUCACUCUGAGAUGUAACAACAGCUUUUUUAGAUCCCUAUUCCUGUUACUUAAUUUCAUGACGGGUUUGUACUUGUUACCCCGGGAAACUCCUCAUACUUAAAAUAAGCUAAGAUUUGCUGAGCAAUGUGCACUGAAAAGAAAAGCUCACUGUCAUAAAUGCAGGUUUGGGGAUCAUUUUUGAAGCUUCUUGUAGCUAUAUUACAUAAAUUGGGUGAGUUGGUUUGAGCAAGGCAAUGGUUUUUGUUUUUUUUUUUUUUGUUUGUUUUUUUUUUUUGUUUUUUUUUUAAAUCAUUUAAAUGCUUGUGGCCUAACUUACAUGUUUUUUUACACAAAGCCUAAUGAAAUUGUUUUAAUGGAAAUAAUUACAUAAUGUUUAAUCUCAUGUUAACCAUGUGUUUUCCCUCAAAACUGUGGUUACAAAACUAGUGUGUAAUUUGAAUGCUAAAAUCUGUCUAAAGUAAGAAUAGACUUACUAUUAACAAACAUUUAUCCUUUCAUUUGAAAUUUAGUUGCUCACUUUUGGCAGGAGAAUACCAAUCUAGUUUGUAGUUAAUAUGCUGACUAUGAUGUGAAUACCGUAUUCUUUAUGUACACCCUAAAAUAUACCUCAGGGCCUCAAUUCCCUUUAGUCACUUAAUGUGAUGGGAGAAGCUUGUUUAAAUGGUUGUUUGCUGGAUGUAUGGCUCUGCUUUAAAAAAAAAAAAAAAAAAUUCAGUGUGUGGUAAAAAGCGAUACACCAUGUAGUUGCACAAUGAUAAAGAUAUUUUCAGCAUCGAACCUUUUUGAAUGUAAAAGAAUAGGACUAGGCCAAGCGGGUUGUUUCCAGUGCUGUAAACAACGGUAAGCUACUGUCCAAAACUGUAUUUCAUAUGCUGAUGCUAUGUGGGUCAACAUAUUAAGUGUAGUUGCUCACUUGUUGCCUUUCAAUCAGAAUUAAAAAUAAAUUCAACUUAUUUCGUA